GGUGCAGUACUAGCAGCUGUGUCAAGUCACAAAUUCAACUCAUUCUAUGGGGAUCCCCCCGAAGAGUUGCCAGAUUUCUCCGAAGACCCUACCUCCUCAGGAGCAGUCUCGCAGGUGCUGGACAGCCUGGAAGAAAUUCACGCACUUACAGACUGCAGUGAAAAGGACUUAGAUUUUCUACACAGUGUUUUCCAGGAUCAGCAUCUUCACACACUACUAGAUCUGUAUGACAAAAUUAACACAAAGUCUUCGCCACAAAUCAGGAAUCCUCCUAGUGAUGCAGUUCAGAGAGCCAAAGAGGUAUUGGAAGAAAUUUCAUGUUACCCUGAGAACAAUGAUGCAAAGGAACUAAAGCGUAUUUUAACACAACCUCAUUUCAUGGCCUUACUUCAGACUCAUGACGUAGUGGCACAUGAAGUUUACAGUGAUGAAGCAUUGAGAGUCACACCUCCUCCCACCUCUCCCUACUUAAAUGGUGAUUCUCCAGAGAGCGCCAACGGAGACAUGGAUAUGGAGAACGUGACCAGAGUUCGGCUGGUUCAGUUCCAAAAGAACACAGAUGAACCAAUGGGAAUAACUUUAAAAAUGAAUGAGCUAAAUCAUUGUAUUGUUGCAAGAAUUAUGCAUGGGGGCAUGAUUCACAGGCAAGGUACACUUCAUGUCGGUGAUGAAAUUCGAGAAAUCAAUGGCAUCAGUGUGGCUAACCAAACAGUUGAACAGCUGCAAAAAAUGCUUCGGGAAAUGCGGGGGAGUAUCACCUUCAAGAUCGUGCCAAGUUACCGCACUCAGUCAUCGUCCUGUGAGAGAGAUUCCCCUUCCACUUCCAGACAGUCCCCAGCUAAUGGUCAUAGCAGCACUAACAAUUCUGUUUCGGACUUGCCAUCAACCACCCAACCAAAAGGACGACAGAUCUAUGUAAGAGCACAAUUUGAAUAUGACCCAGCCAAGGAUGACCUCAUCCCCUGCAAGGAAGCUGGCAUUCGAUUCAGAGUUGGUGACAUUAUCCAGAUUAUUAGUAAGGAUGAUCACAAUUGGUGGCAGGGUAAACUGGAAAACUCCAAAAAUGGAACCGCAGGUCUCAUUCCUUCUCCUGAACUUCAGGAAUGGCGAGUAGCUUGCAUCGCCAUGGAGAAGACCAAACAGGAGCAGCAGGCCAGCUGUACUUGGUUUGGCAAGAAAAAGAAGCAGUACAAAGACAAAUAUUUGGCAAAGCACAAUGCAGUGUUUGAUCAAUUAGAUCUUGUUACAUAUGAAGAAGUAGUAAAACUGCCAGCAUUCAAAAGGAAAACACUAGUCUUAUUAGGUGCGCAUGGAGUUGGGAGAAGACACAUAAAAAACACCCUCAUCACAAAGCACCCAGACCGAUUUGCGUACCCUAUUCCACAUACAACCAGACCUCCAAAGAAAGAUGAAGAAAAUGGAAAGAAUUACUACUUUGUAUCUCAUGACCAAAUGAUGCAAGACAUCUCUAAUAAUGAGUACUUGGAGUAUGGCAGCCACGAGGAUGCGAUGUACGGGACAAAACUGGAGACCAUCCGGAAGAUCCACGAGCAGGGGUUGAUUGCGAUACUGGACGUGGAGCCUCAGGCACUGAAGGUCCUGAGAACCGCGGAGUUUGCUCCUUUUGUUGUUUUUAUUGCUGCACCAACUAUUACUCCUGGUUUGAAUGAGGAUGAAUCUCUUCAGCGCCUGCAGAAGGAAUCUGAUAUCUUACAGAGAACAUACGCACACUACUUCGAUCUCACAAUUAUCAACAAUGAAAUUGAUGAGACAAUCAGACAUCUGGAGGAAGCCGUCGAGCUCGUGUGCACAGCCCCUCAGUGGGUCCCAGUCUCCUGGGUCUAUUAGGCCUGUCCCCAGAUAUCUGAUGCAUAACUGGGAGCCACCUCAUACAUGGAAACGCCUCUUUGUUAUCGGCCUUGUGUCAGCAGGUCGUGGUCCCUAGAGACUACCUAGUUGUAGUGUGACCUACAUUUAUAAUUAUUGUCAUGUCCGAAUAGGUAGGAGGAGAAAAACAAUUACACACUAAUUUAAAGAGACAGUAUCUUUUUUAAUCAGUUCUCCUAAACUUUAAUAAAAUGUACCUUCAAAUGUAUGUAUUAUUCAAUCCUUUGGAAUGUUAUAUUUUUGGAAAUCAUAGCUUUUUAUUUCCAAGGCCCCUAAAAACUGCACAAAAUAGAUGCUGCUUUCUAUAAUCUAUUUUAAUAAUAUAAACAAUGAUUCUGUUACCUUGACUGGGGGUGGAAAACUACAUUCUUUUUAGAGUCUGAUUUUAUGGAUUGGAAUAUCUUUCUUUCCUUUAUUUAUUUGAAAUAAUCAGUCUAGUGAUUACAAAACAGUCAUAAAUUUUUAAAGGCCUUUUUUCUCUUUCUUUUUUUUAGAAUAGUAUUUUUUUUAAGUCCUUUAUGUAACAUCCAGAUAAUGUGAUACUGUCUCUUUGAAGCACCCUGUAAACCUUUUAGAGAUUUGAAGUUGGGUCUUGACUCUUAAUGCAUGUGGACAGUCGCGAGCGUUUAUGCUGUUGGUGUGUCUGUGUUGGACAAAACGAUCUGUAAUCUACAGCCAAGUACAUUCCGUUCACGGGGCACACCCAGGGGAAUAAGAAUAAAAUGCUAUUAUGACUAAGUUGUAAAACCUAUGCACAUCCCUUGCAUUUCGGGCAACUUUAUAAAAAAGAAAACAAACAAAACUGAUUUUUAUUAAUAAUCAUAUAGUGAAAUGUGUUUGUAAUUUUGUCUCAAUUUAAUUUGUUGUAAGGUGGGAGGGGGAAUUGCUGGUUUCACCAUUUCAGAUCUGUGUUGUCUGAGAGUAUUAACGUUUUAAUUAAGCAAAGAAAUGAGGAUUUUUAAAAUGUAUGUAAUUGUUUUAAAGCACCCAUUUUAAGAGAAUAUACUGUGCAAUGAAGAAACCAGUUUAGGCAUUUGCUAUAAACUGAAUUAUUCCAAAAGAAUAAUCUAUAACAGCCCUGUAAAUUCCUUUAAAAUGAUAACUAACAGGACAGUUUGACCAAUUUUUUAAAAUAUACUUCCUUUUAUGUGUUCAAUAUUAAAUGCCUUUGGGUCCUUCAUUUCAUUAUAGAUUUGUUCAGAUAUACAAGCCAAUAAUCUUUUAGAUUUUAUAAUUCAUUAGAUGCUCAUUGAACCAUCAAAGGCCCAGGAGCGACUAUCAGUUGGCAGGAAAACAAAAUACUCUGCCAGAGCACAGCUCAGACCAUGCCUGGCUCCCAGAACACACGCAGUGCACCCAAAGGCCACCAAUGUACUAGGGGCCAUCUGUGGUUUUUCCUUCCUCUUGCUAUAUCCCUUGGCACAGGAGAAUCAUCUUUCCUUGUUGCUUUAGACACUUUAACCAUCUCAUCACCCUUACAUGAGGUCACAUCCUUCCAAUACAGCGGAUUCAGGCUGGAGGUUUUCCGACUCUUGCCAGAGGUCAGUGGAAGGUUUUUCAUUAGAGUGUCAGGGUGUGUGAAGUGGUUCUAUUAACCUGUGAUCCUUGAAAAAACUACCAUCAUGUUUGCUUCUUGAGAGUUAGAUGGCCUCAUCGCUUUGUGCCUUGGCAGGAUGUGCAGGGUGUGUUCUGAGCUGAAAAGCUCCUCUUGAAGGACCACACAGAGAAGACAUUUGUAUACUCCUUUUACAGUGUCAUCCCUCCCUACCUACUCUUAUUAAAUGAUGCUGAUGUUUUUUCCUCUGA